UCAUUACGUAGUUGUUAGGAUGAGGGCGGCGAAAAUCCUCUGGCUGAACCCUCCGAGAGGGUGCCGCCUGGGCAAUGGCCUUGUACAACUCUUCUCUAACCGGUGACUUGUCGGAGCGUGCGAGCAUCGCACGACAAGUGCUGAGAAGAGAGCUUUGUAGAAGGCUAGCAGAGGCUGUCGUACAAGCAUACAUGUCUUGCUUUCGUGUCACAGCUGAAGCUGGGGAUGUAUGAGUGGCUACAGCUAUGGUCAGAGGUGUCUGGCGGCAGGCAAAAAACGCUAAGGGUGGGUUCCCUGAAUUAAAAAAAAAAAACCAAAAUGGAAGUACAACGACAAGUAGAAGAUCGGGUUGGGAUAUCAACCCAAACGUCGGUGGGAGAUGUGAUUGCUACCACCGGCGGGCGCGCAGUAGGAGUACCUAAUUCUCCGCAGCGUGUCGCCAGCGGUCACGCCUCUGUCAGGGUGGAUGCAGGCUCUGACAGUUGUAAUGCGACUGUCAAUGACACCGAAAUGCAAGCAAGUAACGAUGAUUCUUCGGUUGACUCGCCCAUAGACUUUGAAAGCUUAGAUAGAGGUCCAAAAGCUGGGAAAGCGCCUACAAAGUUCCCAGUAACUACAAGCUCAAGCAAAGAUCCUGCUAGCGAGUACAGGGUGCAGCAAGGACCCACCAGGCAAGGACGUAGAGCUCUCGCUAAAUAUAAGGCAGCAAUCAGGAAAACAUUGCUUCACGGUGGUAAUCACACUCUUACGAGGAAGGAGCGAGAGGCAAUUGCGAAAAGUAGAGAAUACUUUUCAAAAAACCCAAGGUUUGAACCAGAAGACCCCAAUUUCGUUAACUGUAUUGAAGAAAACGUUACAAAACGCUUCAGUGAGAGCCUUUUAAAUGAUAUCGAACAAAAUGGUAGUGAGAAACAAUUGAAGAUUUUCGAAGAAACCACUACGAUGCGUUUUAAAAAAAGAAAACCACAGCAGUACGUAGGAAAAGAAAGGCAUGUGGUGCAUAAGCGUGCUCGUCCACAAACACUUGUCACUACAGACGACCGACCAACCUGUUCCAAGAAGGCGGUCAAAGACCCCGAGGUGGCCAAACAAGAUUUUAUCGUGGCACUGAUCGACCGCAGCCAUCCGGGUGGAGAGAUCACGGCGGAACAGUGGAAACAAGUAGACGCCAAAAUACUAGAGACAAUCGUUAUGUGGGUUAAGGCUGAACCAGAAGAACCCACGCCCUCGUUUGAUGGAUCGGGAUGGUGUAAGGGUGUAAAGAUUCUUAAAUGCAAUGAUGAGUACACUAUGCAAUGGAUCACAAAGGUCGUUCGGGAGCUCGACGGAUUAUGGGACGGUGCACAGUUGGCGGUAGUGGCUAAAGAGGAUAUUCCAAAUUUGCCGCGCGCAAAAGUUCGAGUACCUAGUACGAUUAAACCGGAGGUCGCUUUACUACUACUUCAAAGGCAAAAUACCGAUAUACCAACAGAGAAUUGGAAGGUGAUUCACCAAGGUGAACCAGACGCCAACGGCCUGGAUUUGAUUCUUCAAAUUAAUAAAGAGGCAGAAGAUAAGCUCUACGCACGUUUCGGCAAGAUGUUUUUGGGUACAGAUUCUGUCUACCUGAAACUCAAAAGACGUCACCCUGAGGAUGGUAAUGUGAACACGCUGGAUGACGAAGAGUUAGAACAGGACUUCGGUACGUGAUUAGCAACCGCGGUCACUCAUAUUUAUUCCAGAAAUAAAGAAAUGGUGAGGGGGGGGGGGGGGGGGGGAUAGUUAUAGUAUGUUGGCCAAAGACGCACCCGGAGGGAUGCGGAUCCAGUUUCAAGGAAGGCUCCACUACGGCGUCUGCCACAAAUUGUCAACGAUUUCUUCGUAGUGAUGCUUGGACCAAGUAACGAUAAUUGCUAUUGAAUACAUCAAACACAAUUUUUAAGCGCCAUACAAAUAACCGCUAAGGCUGAAAGUGGAAACCGAAAGCUUUGCAUAAAGUGGUAGGUGCGAGCGGAAAUUCACACCGCUGCCAGCGAGCCGGAAUUAACGUAAUUUUUGAGUUCUUCAAAUCAGAAAGAUGCUUGUUAAAAAUCACUUAAAGUUCGGCGGCCUCAAUUGAGCUUAAGCGUGGACAUAAGUCUUAUUACUAUCUUGGAGAAACGUUCAAAAAAUUUACAACACAAGAAAAGCUGGAAGAUAUUGCUUUUUAAAUGACCUGCAUUUGGUGAAGAUUUUCGCCGAAUAGUUUGACUUGAUCAGAAUCUCGGUUGCAGAAUGGUUCGCUGACGACGAAGGAUUAAAAAAAAAAACAUUCUUUGAAUACUUUGGCCACUAAAAG